AUGGGUGAUCAACAGCCCAACGGCGACAGCUCUGCUGGUACUUCUGAGCUGACUGACCGCGUCAAAAUCCCGGGUUCCUUGUUUUCAGGCGCCCAUAUAAACGUGCCCUUCCAAAACGGCGGCAGCGAAAAUCUGAGCCCUUCAGAAAGGGCUUCUUUACAAGACAAGCUCGCCGAUCAAAUAAAGAAGCACCAUUCACUGCAUGGAGCUGUGGCAGCUAAGAGACAAGCGACGACAGAACUACUCUUCUUCGCCUCAGUUGGGGACAUCAGCCGCAUAAAGAGGAUCUGCGAGACAUGGGGUAUCAAUGUGGCGGACGAAUCUUGCAGGGAUUACGACAAGAGGACACCCUUGCACCUAGCGGCAGCGGAGGGCUGCUAUUCGGUAGUGCAAUGGCUGCUGACAGAGGGGAAGUGCGAAGCCAACCCCAUAGACCGCUUUAACAGGACGCCCUUGGAGGAUGCUGUGCGGGGGGACAAUGGGGAGGUGGUGCAGCUGCUGGUCAGCAAAGGCGCCAAGGUGUUCAAGGCCAAGGAGGGCCGCCUAGUAGAGCUGCAGAAGUCCCGCCUGUCAGGGUUUGUGAGGAUGUGGGAUGGAGACGACGAGGCGCUGAAGCCGGAGUGGGAGAUUGACCCCAAGGCUCUGCAGAUAUUGGAGAAGGCCAAAUGGUACGGCACCAUUGUGGCAGUCAAGAUCCUGCGGAGAUCUGACGCUGUCGCUCUGGGGGACUUCAGGACGGAGCUCAACACGCUGCAGAAGGUGCACCACCCGCACGCGGUGCAGUUUCUGGGCGCCGUGACGCAGUCGCAGCCCUACAUGAUCGUCACCGAGUUCCUGCCGGGCGGCUCUUUGACUGACCUGUUCAAGCGCGUGCACAACGGCGCCGCCGGCUCGCCCAGCCUGCGGCGCGCGACCGAGAUGGCCCUAGACUGCGCACGCGGCAUGCAGUACCUACACGCCCGCAACAAUAACAAGAUGUCGUGCAUGCACCGCGAUUUGAAGCCGGCCAAUCUGAUGCUGGGCGGCAUUCCCCAUGACAGCACGGACCGAGACAUCGCCGCCGAGCUGGGCGUCGUGAAGAUCGCUGACUUUGGACUGUCCAAGAGUCUCGCGCAGAACGUCUCGGCCGCGCGCAGCCGCUCGGCACUCGACCUCGAACGUGACUUGGAAGACGGCAUGGAGGGCCACCAGCUCGAUCGGUGCGCACUCCAAAUUCUGCUAAUACCAUUUCUUUUACCCGCUUUUCCAGCCUUUCAAGCGUACAAGCUGACUGGGGAGACGGGCAGCUACAGGUACAUGGCCCCUGAAGUGUUCCGACACGAGCCCUACAACACCAAGGUGGACGUGUAUGCCUUUGCCAUGAUCGCGUACGAGUUGUUUGAGGGCGCCAUCCCAUUUGGCCACCUGCACCCGGUGGAGGCCGCGCGCAGAGCCGCCAUGAACCACGCGCGGCCCACCUUUGGCAAAUUCAACAGGUUUGGGAAGGUGGUUCCGCAGGAGAUCAAGACGCUGAUCGAGGAGUGCUGGGACCCGCAGCCUGACAAGCGGCCCAGCUUUGCCAAAGCGGCACAGCGCCUGCAGGUGUGCGCUGCAGACAUGUAA